CGGAUUCUAAACCCGGCUCCCAGCGUUUCUCCAGUUUGACGGACUUGCUCAGACCCAUUGCAAGGUUGUUACUUUGCCAAGGAUCUCGUUAGAUUGACCGUUAUUCGCGGGAGAGGGAGAGAGAGCGAAAGAGGACUGGGUCUCGCCGUGCCUCUGGACACUGUGAGAUAAGAAGGAUACUUGAGUAUCCCAUACUUGGACUGGAAGACACAGUUUCUUGAGGAACUAUGGUUCGAUUAACACUGGAGCUCAUUGGUAAAAGCUUCAGUCAAAAGAAUCGCAAAGAUGAGUCUUUGGCUCAACACUUGAGGAAAACAACCCAUCUCAAGUUAUCUAAUAAGAAUAUAGAUAUAAUUGAUGACCUCUCUUUGUGUAAAAAUCUUAAUGUUCUUUACUUGUAUGAUAACCAAAUUAGGCAAAUACAUAACUUGGACUUUGCUUCAAACUUAAGACACCUGUACCUUCAGAACAAUUGCAUUACACGGAUUGAAAACCUAGCAUCAUUAAUAAAACUUGAAAAAUUGUAUCUAGGUGGCAAUUACAUCACUGUAGUGGAAGGUUUAGAAACCUUAGAAGAACUGAGAGAAUUACACGUUGAAAGCCAGCAGCUUCCCUUAGGGGAAAAGCUCUUGUUUGAUCCAAGAAGUCUUCAUUCACUGGCAAGGUCUUUAUCAGUUUUGAAUAUCAGCAAUAAUAAUAUUGAUGAACUGAGUGAUUUAGCGAUUCUGGAAAACAUCUCCCACCUCAUCGCUGUUGACAAUCAACUUCACCAUAUAAAGGACUUGGAGUUUGUUCUGGGUGUAUGGACCAAGAUAUACAAAAUAGAAUUGAAUGGGAACCCUGUUUGUCACAAGCCAAAGUAUCGGGACAGGGUUAUACUGCAGUCAAAAUCUCUUGAAUCCCUUGAUGGAAAAGAGAUAAAAGAAAUGGAAAGACAAUUCUUGAUGAACUGGAAAGCAUCCAGAGAUGCCAGGAAGAAGAACAGGGCAGAAAGCAUGACAAAUGACCAUUCAUCAUUCUCACAUUUUGAAGAUAAUGACUGGGAACAUACCCAUUUUCCUGUUUACUACUUCCCCAUGGCCAAAGAAAGACCAAACUUCGCUAUUUUAUCUGAGGCACACAAAUCUUCUUAUAGUAAAGAAACCCAGCGAACAAACUAUGAAGAGAACAGAGUUAUGGAAAGAAUGAGUCAUUCAACCCUGAAGAAGUCUCAGAGUGUACAGAAAGAGUUGUUUGAACCCCAUCUCCUUAGGCAAAUGCCUCUAUAAGCAGAUACGGAAAAUGCAGAUUUGUGUGGAAUCAGAACAACAGAUGUGUACAUCAGUCUACCUACAGUGAUGAAGAAGCAUUGGAUCUGGGGCAAAAGGUUUAUAUUUAACUGCAAAACACCAUUUACUUUUAACAACUAGCACAGUAAACUUUCAUAAUGUAAACUUAAAGUUCUGUAUAAUAGAGCACUUAUAUCUAUGUACCUUCAUUAAAAAGUAUUAAAAAAGGUGUACAGAUGGAACUAUGUAUGAAAAUUUUUAGUAUUGAGUGCAGUCCUCAUCUCACUUAAAUUGUUAGGAAAACUUGCAGUUCAUCUCCAUAGAUAGGCCCUGUAUACUAAAGGUGAAUUCAUUUUCUGAGUGCUACUACUCACUUGGGCAGAUAUGGUCUGUCUCUCCACGAUAAGAAAGUAUCAGUGUCAAAAGCUUGGAAAAAUCUCAAAGUUUGGACAACUACAAAACAUCUUUACAGUUAAACAACACUUCAGGGUGCACCAAUUAUCCAAGAAGAACUAAACCUGCUCAGUGAACACUGAAUGGUACCUGUUGGGCAAUUAGGAAACCAGGGACAGAAGGGGAGUAGAAGACGUUGCUGGAGCCCUGGGCACAGAACUCUGUACUGUACUAGAAUAUUUUGCUACAGGUCAUAUUUGCCAGUACUUUCUCCUUGCAGACUUAUCAUAAUGAAGCUACACCAUUAGUUAAUUAUAGCCUUCUAGGAACAACUUGCCAGAGUCUCACAUGAUAUUCUGUGAAACAAAGGACCAAACUUGGA